AUGGCCGUCGUUUCGAAGCUACUGGGCUUUCCCAGUCUUACGCUCGCCGCCGUCGUUGAGUCGGCGUAUCCGAGCCCCGCCCAUCGUGCACUCAUCGUCAAAGACAAGCCGGCCGGCGAUCUUUUCCUGGAGCUUGCGAAGCAGUAUCCUGGGGAAGAUUUGAUCACCCUCAACUCAUUUCGAGACCAGAUAUGCAUUAUGAAUCCUCAACUGCUGGCGGACCUCCUCGUAUAUAACUGCUACAAUUUUGCCAAACCAAAAAGAAUCAGCUCAUUCUUGCGGCACAUUCUUGGUGAUGGUCUCAUUAUUGUGGAGGGUAAUCAGCACAAGUUUCUUCGCAGGAACACGAUGCCAGCCUUCCACUUCCGGCAUAUAAAAGAGCUUUAUCCUAUGAUGUGGGCAAAAGGAGAGACUCUUGCCAAAGUACUCAACCAAGACAUGGCCGCUUCCAGGUCAUCUGUGGUUAAGCUGAAUGGCUGGGCGAGCAAAGUCACGCUGGACAUCAUUGGCAUUGCUGGCCUCGGCCGCAAGUUCGAUGCUGUUGAGAAGAGGAAAGAUCCGCUUGCAGACAUCUAUGAACAGCUGCUCGAACCUGACCGAGAAAAGCUCAUUUUUGCCAUGCUCUCCUUGGAUAUUGGUCUGCCAAUCGUUCGUUUGAUUCCUUGGAAGAUGAAUGGCCUCUUCGAGUAUUUGACUGGGUCAUUGAACGAGUUAUGCUUUUCAAUGCUCAAGGAAAAGAAGACUGCGAUCAUGGAAAAGGAAGACAAUCAUUUUGAUGUCUUGUCGCUUCUUAUUAAGUCGAACAACUUCUCAGACGAAGCGAUAAAAGAUCAGCUCCUAACGUUACUGGCAGCAGGUCACGAAACAACCGCAUCUUCACUUACGUGGGCAUGCUACCUACUCACUAAGCACCCAGAGAUCCAAGCCAAGCUCAGGGAGGAGGUCAGAGAGGCGUUACCAGAGGACUUGAAUAAUGAUAGAGCAGUAGAUCUUGCAGGGAUUCUUGAACAACUCCCUUACCUCAACGGCAUCAUGCACGAGACACUGCGACUUUACCCGACAGUACCAAUGACCAUACGUCACGCCGUCCGCGACACCCGAAUUGGUGGCCAGUUCAUCCCCGAAGGGACAGACAUCAUUGUAUCAAUCUGGUACAUUAACCGCUCGCCGGAGAUUUGGGGGCCUGACGCAGCGGAAUUUCGCCCCGAACGAUGGAUCACAGGUGAUGGCAAACCGAACCAGAAUGGCGGAGCAAGUAGCAACUACAACUUCCUAACUUUCUUACAUGGGCCGCGAAGCUGCAUUGGGCAAGGAUUUGCGAAGGCUGAGAUGCGGUGCCUGUUGGCUACUAUGGUUCGGUCUUUCAAGUGGACGCUGGCGAUGGAUCAUGGGCUUGUUAUGCCCAGGGGAGUCAUUACAAUUAAGCCGGAAAAUGGCAUGUAUCUGAACCUAAAAACUCUUUGA